ACUAUACAAAAGAUGUCGAAACAUUAUUUAUUAAUAUCAUUUAAUAAAAACGUUUGAUAGAUACUUGUCACAUCAAAAUCCUUUUUCUCUUCUCAUUGGCCUGUUUCCCAAAAAAUUUCAGCUGAAUUCUCUAUUUAUUUGCCAAACUUUGAACCUCAGUUUCACAUCUCUUCAUCUUCUUCUUCUUCUUCCUAUAUUGGAGAGGAAAAAUGUUGCCAGGCAUACUGUUAUGCUCACUUAAUCCCAGGAAUCACAGCAAGAAGAAGAAGAGUGAAAGAGAGAGCUUAGAUACUGAUCCCAAGGACAUUGACUACUGGUACUCUGUUCAGUUCAACCGAGAUCCUCCCAGAUUCGCUCUUCGAUCGGAGAACAACAACAAUCACCGUUCUCGCAUUGGUGAAUUCUGCAAGACGAAGAAGCGAGGAGAAAUGGCGAACAAGGUCUCAAACUUCUCGGAUCUGAUUCAGCGAGUGACUGCUUCGUGUUUGCUCCAUCCACUCUCCGCCGGCCGGCAAGAUCUCGCCGCGAACCGCCGGGGAGAGUACGAUUCCGAAGAAGGAGAGAUUCGGUACGAAGACGCCUCGGAGAACGAGAACGGCGAGGAAGACGAGACGGUUAGGGGUAAGAGCAAGAGCGGAGGGAGCGUUGUGAGCGUGGAGGCGGUUCAGGAGAUGGAGGUGGUGAUGGAGGAAGUGUUCACUGCGGCUGCAGCUCUGAAGAGAGCUUACGUGGCGCUUCAGGACGCUCACUCUCCUUGGGAUCCGGAGAAGAUGCACGACGCUGACGUGGCGAUGGUUGCUGAGCUGAGGAGGAUCGGGACUCUUAGAGAGAGAUUCAGGAGGAUGAAGGGCGGUGGCCGGAGGAGGAACGACGGAGGCAGAGGAAUGCUGAGAGAGGCGGUGGCGCCGUACGAAGCCGUCGUGAAGGAGCUGAAGAAAGAAGCCAAGGCGAAAGACGCUGAGAUUGAGAAUCUCAAGGAGAAAGUCAAAGCAAUGGUCAACGGUAACGGUAACGGAGGCAAGAAACACCGUUUGCUUUCGAGCCGGAAAGUUAACUGCACCACGCAAGUCGCUGUAUCUCCCGUGCCGGAGCUUUUCGAGAUGACGAUGAGUCAGGUGAAAGAAGCGUCGAAGUCCUUCACAGGGAUUCUACUGUCUCUGAUGCGAGCUGCGCGUUGGGACAUUGCAGCUGCUGUUCGGUCUAUUGAAGCUGCUUCGGCUGCAUCAGACGGUGGCAUGUCUACUACAGCUUCUGCGUUAGCUUCCUCUGUCCCCAACGGGCACGCGAAGUUCGCUCUUGAGUCUUACAUCUGUAGAAAAAUCUUCCAAGGGUUUGAUCACGAGACGUUUUACAUGGACGGAAGCUUGUCAUCUCUUAUCAACCCUGAUCAGUACCGUCGUGACUGCUUUGCUCAGUUCAAAGACAUGAAGGCAAUGGACCCCAUGGAGCUGCUAGGGAUCUUACCGACUUGCCAUUUUGGUAAGUUCUGCUCGAAGAAGUACCUUUCGAUCAUUCACAACAAGAUGGAGGAGUCCUUGUUCGGGGACUCGGAGCAAAGGGAGGUGGUUCUUGCUGGUAACCAUCCAAGAAGUCAGUUCUAUGGAGAGUUUUUGGGGUUAGCCAAAGCGGUGUGGCUGCUUCAUCUCUUGGCGUUUUCGCUGGAUCCAUCCCCGAGUCACUUUGAAGCAAACAGAGGAGCAGAGUAUCACUCUCAGUACAUGGAGAGUGUGGUGAGGUUUCCCGAUGGCCGUGUUCCUGCGGGUCAGGUGGUGGGGUUUCCUGUGUGCCCAGGAUUCAAGCUUAGCCAUCAAGGGAAAGGAUCGAUCAUCAAAUCCAGAGUUUACUUGGUUCCAAGGGCGUAAAACGGUUUUAUUGAGUUCACUCUUUGUAGUAACGUCAUGUUGUUGUGUUGUUAUGAUAAAUCUAGCUUUUGUAAGAAAUAAAGAGACGGUUCUAAUAAGUGUUUUAAAAUUAGAUAAGAAUGUUUCAUUAUU